UUCAGUGCCAAACCAGACGUAGUGCACAACAAGCCCAGCCACAUUUCCUCCCUUUGCUCUUUGAAGCAGAUUUUGGCCAUUUUGAAGCCUGUGUAUAUCUCCGUCAUUUUGACUUCGCAACAGUUUGUAAGCCUGAACCGAUGUCGUGUUGAGAACUUCCUGUGACAAUCUACGAAAGCCCACUAACAAGAAAUAGAGACAUACUGUACUAUCACUUUCGGUACAAGAUUUAUCAUCGAAAAUGAAUUUUAACAAAUGUUAAUUGAGAUAAUUGAAUUCUUGUAUGAAAAUGGAAGUUGUGGCACAGCUGCCUACGCCUAGUCUUCCUGAUGGUGAAGAAGAAAACAUUCUGACAGUAUCCAGCACAAAUCAUCAGAUGGAUGAGAAAGGAAAAGAAACGGAAGAAGAAAAAACAGUCAAAAAUUCUACAGAAACACUAGAUGCAAGUAACAAAGAAGGUUGUGUGAAACAGGCUGAUAUUACAGAUGUUGAAAUAAAUGAAAGUGAUAAUAAAGAAUCUACUACAUAUGACCAAGAGGAAGUUAAGAAACCAGGAAAUAUGGAGGAAUUAAGUAUUACAGAAAAUCUUUCAACUAAUGAUUGUCAAAUAAACCAGGGUGCUCUUGCUAGAGAAAAUGUAUCAUCAACUUCAAUGACAAUAGAUGGUGCUAAAUGUGAUAAUGAUACCAGUGAUUGCGAUGCCCCCCCAGUUGUUAGCCACUCUGAUGUGGGGGGAGAGCAAGAAUCAAUGCCAAAACCAAAUAUGGAGGAAGAAAAUGCAACGAUAGAUGGAGACGAUUCCAAAUCAAUCCCGCAAAAGACUGGAAAAAUUGGUAACUUGAACUCUAUUCUAAAAAAUCUUAGUGGUAAGCAGACCACAAUCAGUGAGACAAACACAACAGACACUAAAGAAAACAAUGGUGAUGAUUCAAAUUUAAAUAAUUCUUUGCAGCAAUCUAAGGCCUCUUUGUCGCGCAGACGCAAAGCUAAUAAACCGACAAAACUGGAACAGUUUGACAAGAUUGAGAGUUUAAUCGAUGCUGCGUCCGAUAUUACAGACUUUUGUGACAUUGCGAACACUCUAACUGGCAGUGAAAGCCCUUCACUUGAACCACAUUUUGAUGAACCAUUCCAUACAAACAAUAUCCAAGUUUCCCCAGAAAUACAGGCAUUACCCACAACUCUUUCUAGGCAGGCUUCUGCUAGUCCAAAUAACUCAAAUAUGGCUGUUGCUAUCACAAAUCCACUCCUGCAGAACCAAAGUACUUCGCACCAUGAUGAAAAUAGUUUACAGGCAUCGCAGAGAGCUGUAUCUGAUAUGAGUAGUCAGCAGCAAACCCAGCAACCAUCAUCCUCCCCAGUGGGGGCUGGAACAAAACCAACAAUAAUAGUUUUGCAACGAGGGGAUAUGUUGAAAAUGGAUUCGUCAGGAAAUCUUGUCGUAGUUGGUAAAGGUGCUACUGCGGAAGCACCUCCUGUAGCCUGUAUGAACCAGCCUCUUUCAGCAAAGUCAACAAUUCCGUCUACUGUACCAGUAGCAUCUCAGCCAAUCAUGCCGUCCGAGCCACUGAUUAUUCCACAAGUCCGAACCAACUUGGUGCAGCCGACUGUGAAGUCACAUUGGGAAGGGAAAUCGCUCCUUCCGGAACCAACAACCGUGAAGGUGCAUUUACCAAAUUCAAAUGCACAAGCUGCUGCUAUUCUCCAGCAAGCAGCGAGUCAAGUGACGAUACCUGCUGUUCACACCUACCAGAAACCAAUGGUUCCACAUUAUUAUACACAGACCAGCGGUAGUCCAGUAGAUAUUGCACCCAAGUAUCAACCAUGCAUGAUCCCACAGACAGUGACUGUACAGCAGCAGUACAACCAGGAACAGUUGGCAGUUCCUGCCACUAAUGUAAAUUCAACAAUUGUCCAAAAUGCACUGAUUGAUGGAAUACAGCAAAAAGUGUCCGUCAAUAAAACGUGGAUACCACCUCAAAAGAAAUCAAAAUCCCUCAUGUAUGGCCAUCAGUCACUGGUGGCAUCACAGACAAUGACUCAGCAAUAUCGGCAGGAUCCAUCAGAGAUUGGUGAUAAUGAUUCAAAUUCUCCAAUUGUCCGUAAGAUGCUUAUGGAAAGUUUACAGCAAAAGAUUGCUGUAAAAACAUCAGCGCCUCUAACAGUGCACAAGAAUACACACACUACAGGAAAGAUCACCAGUGUGGUAAAGAAACCUCAGAAUUAUGUGAACAAGGUACCCAAGGUUAUUCCCAGUACUCGCUACAAUGCUAUGUCGUCUGUUUUUCAAUGUGGUGAGUGCAGCCGUCUCUUUGUAAGCAAGGAUUCACUUUUUAAACAUCUUGAGACAGACAGGCAUUUGGAAAUUGGCGUGGAUCGUAAGGAUGCAGCAGUUGAGCAUAGAUUUCCCUGUAAUGACUGUAAUCUGAGUUUUCAGCAUAGAUCCUCUUUCUUGAUUCACCAUGACAGAUAUUGUCAAAAGACUAAAAAAUCACGUGAGGAAACUGGGAAAUAUUCAUUAAUUUGUGCCAUCUGUCUUUUAAAGUUUGCAACUGAAUUGGAUCUUGCUAAGCAUGAGAAAUCAUGGCAUAACCAGGAAAAGAUGACCUCAUCAAAUGGUGAUGAAGAAACCAAAUCUACAAACCAAAAGAAAAUGAUUGAUGAACCAGUUAUCUUGACACAAAUCACAUCAAAUGAUGAAGGAGUCUACAAAAUGGUGAUUAAAGAACCAAAUGUAGAGAGUUCAACAGACAGCUCUUCUUCCAAAGAACCCAUAAAACCAGUCAUAAUUAAAAUGAGUGGUAUUAAAAAGAAUGUUGGAAAAAUUAUAUCAGAACAUCCAAAGAGAAAGGGCAGAAAGAGGAGAAAGCGUGGCAGAGGGCGCCCUAAAAAGUCACUGAAAUUAGCAACGGUGAAAAAAGAACUUUCUAAAGCAUUGAAAGAUGCAAAGAUGCUUCAAGUUCAAGCAUCCAAUUCUAGUAGAAACUCAGACCGCAAACCAAUAGAAAUCGUGAAGGAUAUGCACGCAACCACACGAUACCUUAUUGACACUCACGGCUCUUUUGAUAAAACUCAAGCUCGCCCAUUUGUGUGUACGAUUUGUGGAAAAGGUUAUGAUUCUGAACAUUGCUUGCUGGAACACAUUAAGACACAUGUUAAGCCAUAUUCAUGUGGAGAAUGUGGAUGGGCUUCAUCAAGGAAAGAUAAUAUCGCCAAGCAUAUCGAAACGGCACAUAAUGGUCCAAGAUAUGAAGUAAAAAGAAAGCGACCUGGUGAAGAAUAUUUAACCUCUCCAAAGUCAAAAAGAAAAUGUGUAGUCAUGGCAAAGGCAAACAAAAAGAGUAAUAGAAGACGAAAGAAGGAAAAAUCUCAAGUAGCUGAAUCAGAACAAUUGGAAGUAAAGGAAGAGAUUAAUGAAAAUGAUGAAAAUAUUAACAAUGGGGAUGAAAAUGAUGAUACAAUGCAAAUGAACCAAAGUAAUGAUGACAAUUUUGUUGAUGUAGAUGUUGAGAAUUUAGAAAGCCAAAAGGAAGCAGGUGAUGAUAUAGAAGAAGAGCAAGAAACUAAUGAGGAUGGAACGUGUAAGGAAGAAAAACCAGAAGUUAAAAAGGAACCUGAUGAUGAUGACGAGGAAGAGAUUGCGAAAUACAGUGGAAGAGUAGAUUUAUGUCUUGCAAAAAAUGUGAAGAUAGAGCAAACACCUGACCAAGAAAAUGAUAUACAAGGCCAAAGCUCUGGUAAUAGUCCUGCAGAUGAGACAGAAGAAUUCGAGAACACAGAUGAAAAAGAAGAAUCUUAUGAUAUUGCCAAAACUCUAGAUGUAGAAAAUUGUAUUGUGGAAAUUGAACAAAAUCAAGAAGGUAAUGAUUCCCUGAAGAUUGGUGAUCAAAAUUCAAACGAUUCUCAAUUAAGUGGAGCUGAUUGUAUUGCAGAAGCUAGUAACAGUGAUGAAAUUGCUGUGACAGAGCCACUUGAGCAAGAGCAGCUCGAUCCACUAGAGCAAGAGCAGCUCGAUCCACUAGAGCAAGAGCAGCUCAAUCCACUAGAGCAAGAGCAGCUCGAUCCACCAGAGCAAGAGCAGCUCGAUCCACUAGAGCAAGAGCAGCUCGAUCCACUAGAGCAAGAGCAGCUCGAGAAUGAGAAACAUUCUGAUGUAGGGGUUUCAACACACACUGCAGAAAAACUUGAAACAAAUGAAGUUCUAAAUAGUGAGGACCAUUUGCAUGUUAUUAACAUUCCAGAAAUUGAACAAGCUGAAGACUCAAGUACUCUAUGCCAUGAUAGCCAGGCAAUGAAUGAGGUGGAAGGAAGCAAGGAAAAUGAACCCAUUGAAACUCCUUCAGAAUACAAGGAUUCCACAAAAUCUAAAACAAAUGAGCAAAAUCCCAUGUCACAUGAAGACAUUCCAGAACCAAAUCCAACAGUACAUAGCCAGCCUUUCCCAGUUGAUGUGUAUUCUCCUGAAUCUGAAAACAUUUCGAAAAUUCAGCAGCUUAACAACCAAAUGCUUCCUGCUCCGCCGCCACUGAUGAGAAGACCAGACAUUGCCGCUGUUGAUGAAUCACUAAUCAAUUCUGGGGAACACUCCAUUACUGAAACCAAUGUCUGUGGACCUCAUAAUGAUGGCAACAUGCCAGUCAUUAGUUCUGUUCUCAGUCUGCAGAAUAACACCAUUAAUCCUUAUUGUCCAUCUAGUCAACAAAGUCCAUAUCAACCUACACUAAGUGAUCAGAAUACUUAUCAAGCAAAUUCUCAAGUUGGACAGGUACAAACAAGAGGUUAUGAGUUUGGUGGCAGGCCAAUAGAACCAAGACCUGUAAGCUACCAGCCAGAUCAAACCACACAAAGAGGAAGCUUUUUACAGAAUAUGCUUAAAGCUCCUCCUUCAAAUAAUUUUAUUCGAUUGCCAAACAGACCAGAACCAAUCAGAAAGUUUUAUAGUCCUCCAAGUAGACUAACUAGUCAAUCUGAUCUUAACUAUUCUACAAAUGUGCCUUAUCAACCAAGUUUUAAGUCACCUGGUGCACUGCAGAACCAGUUCGUAUACAAUGGAAAUGCAUUUCACUACCCACCAAAAAGCAGCCAAAUGGAACAGCAGCAGUUCAUUCAAUCACCCCCAAUCAGAAUUCAACAACAGAAAGAGUCAUUCACGGCUAUGCUUGAAGGUUUUCAACCUAUGCAAGAGGUGCGGACUACUUGGCCUUACCUUCCUCCACCAAAUGGUUAUGGAAGUAGGUCCCAGCAGUCACCACACCAUCAGUCACCACAUCAUCAGCCACCACAUCAUCAUCAGCCGCCACAUCAUCAUCAGCCGCCACAUCUUCAGUCGCCACAUCUUCAGUCGCCACAUCAUCAGUCGCCACACCUUCAGUCGCCACACCAUCAGUCGCCACAUCACCAAACACCACAUCAUCAAACAGCACAUCAUCAGUCACCCAGGCAAAAUUCUCAAUUCCAGUAUCCUGUUGCCAAUAUUUCUCCGAUUGCACCACCGCUAUAUAAUCAGUAUGGAAUUCAGAACGUUGCCUUAUAUCAGGAUCGCAAUGCCCAAGACAGCGUCACUUAUCAAAAUGACCACCAACAGAAAGGUAAUUUACAGACAGGUCAGAUAUACACCAAUAACAAUGCCAUUGAGGUUUCCAAAACUCAAGGAUACCAGAAUCAGAAUGCACCACCUCAAUAUCUGCAACCACCAGCUUACACAACCAGCCGACCAGGAACAUCCCACCAGGCAGCAGUCGUGGCAAAUGGUCAUGUUGCACAGAUGCAACUGACUGAUCAUGAAUCUGGAGGUGAAAAAGUACAAACAAUUACUUCAAAUUUUAAGGCUACAUAUGUGACACCAGAACUCUCAAAUCCAACUGAUAUUCUGGAAGCAUCGGUCAACAGACUUGUCCCAGAGAAGUCCCCAGAUCCAGGUAUUACCCAGAAUGAGGAACAAAAUAGUCCAUGCAUUAUUUCAAAUAAUGAUGAAGUUGGAGAAUCAGUCUAUGGAAGUAAUAACCAGCAAAGUCACAUUGAUAAAAAUCAUAAUGAGUCUGGUACAGAAGUUGGUAGUCUUGAGAAUGUUGUAAUAGCAGAUGAAAUUAAUUCAAAAGAAAAUAAGCAAAAUACUCAACAAGAUGGUGUGACAUCACCAAAGGUUUUCAGUGUGUACACGGAGAGGCCUUAUAUUUGCCACAUAUGCAGCAAAGGAUUUAAGCGUCGUAACAAUUUAAAAGACCAUGUCAGAAUCCACUCUAGGCCAUACAAGUGUGGAGAGUGCUCAUUCAGCACUACUCGUUGGCAAUAUCUUGGGGACCAUCUGCGAAGAAGUCAUGGAUUCUCUGGUGAUGAUGCUGAACUUGAGAAUAUCUUUAAGGUGUCAGGUAAAAAGCUCAAGCCAACUGAUGAAAUCCCAGAAGCAAGUUUGAUGCCAGUGACCAGUCAGCUUCCUGGAAGUACACCAGAGGAUGGACAAAUAAUCUCAUCUGAAUUCAGUUUUGGUAGCAUUAAGAAACGAGAUCGAUCGCGAAAGAGGUCAUACGGUGGUGAUCUAGUAGAUUUUUAUGGGCAGACAAAUGCUGAAAACGAUUUGUUUAGCUCCUCAGAGUUUUCCACACCUACUAUUACAAGUGUGUGUUCCACAGCAGGAGAUCUGAUAGUUAAGGAAGGACCAGAUGGGAAAAGUAUGUUUGGAACUGAAGUUGCCAAUACACAUGUACAUAGUUCACCAGAGCCAAUUGUACAUACUUCACCAGAUCAACAUGAACAACCUGUUAAUAAAGAGUCACAUGAUGGAGUAAAUUCAGUUCCUGAUGUUAUCGACCAACUUAAUGAACCUGAAAAUUUAUCUGUAACAUUAGGUGCUGUUGAAGAGCCUGUUGUGAAUGACAAAGGAACAGAGGACCGUACAAGUACAACAGAGACAAAUAAUUUAAUUAAUGAUGAUUCUCUUGACAAGAUAUCAGCUAUUAGUAGAGAGGAAGAAGUAGCUGUCAGUCCUUUUACACCAACAUCAGGAGUGGCAGCAACUGAUGUAGAUUUAUCAAAGAUAAUAGUUGCAGAGACUGGUGAAACCUUUGAACAAGGCUCUUUGCCAGAUGCUUCAUCUUUGGAAUCCUCUCCACUUUCUCGUCGUAGACAAACAAAAAGGACAAGAACCAGUGUAGCAGUAACACCACCCAAAAAAUGUAGAAGUAGUAGUACCACAAGCAUCAAAACAGAGUCGCCAGAUAAGCCAGCAAUUACUGGGAAAGCGGGUCCAGCUGGUCUUGAUCUAACAGACUAUUACAUUAUGGUGGAUGUAGCCAAGGGUGUUAGAGAUCCUCGCCCAUUCAAGUGUGUUUUUAGCGAAGAGUGCCAGAAGCUGUUUAAGUGCAAACAGCACAUGCGUGAGCAUCUAUUCACCCAUUUGAAACCCUACAAAUGUGAUGUUUGCAAACUCGGUUUCCCAAGAACAGACUACCUGGCAAUCCAUAGCAAAGAGGUGCAUGGGAUCACACCAUCUAAAAGUAAACUGUUCGAGAAAAGAAGAAAUGCCAACACCAGAGCCGUGAAAUGCAGAAUGAGGCCAACAAAGGAUCGUCGCAGACAAGCUGUCCAGGAAGAUUAUGUAUUGAAUGGAGAGGAGAUUGACUUCACUGUGCGUCCACCAGGAAUUGUUGCAACUCACUGAUAGCUUAGCUUAGAGUUGGUUUUGUGCACAAAUGUGAUUUUGAAUUUCGAUUGGUAUUAAAUUGAGGGAAUUAUAUAUUAUAAACUUAGGUUUACUUUUAAAUCCAUACAUCUCAUUUUAAGAUUUUUUUUUUGUAUUUAAACAUGCUUGUAUUACCUCAAAUAGGAGUUCAAUCAUGACCUUAGUUUUAAUCUACUGUAUUAUAUUAUAUUGCAUGUCAGUAUAUUAAUCUUUUAUGCAGUUUUUAUCUGUUUUUAUUUUUUAAUGUCUUUCGUAGUUGUUCUGUUAAAGUUUAAAGACUUCUUUUGUAUGUUAAGUUAGGCAUACUCAACGCAGUAAUAUAGCUGGCAUUGGCUGGCUGUGUGUAUCAGGUAGACAUGUCCUAGUUGAUGUUAAUCUAGUCUGAUGAGCUACGAUGAAAUAUAGUGUAGACUUCUGAUCACAAUUAUUCAUUAAGAAUAUGGAGGAGGUUUUAAUUUUCUUUCACUUUUAAUAUUGUAAUGUUUUUUAUAUAGUCUUAACGUUUUUUGUGUUGACCAUGUUUUUAUGUCUUCCUGAUAUACUUAGGUUUUUCGUUUAUAACUUCCAUAAUACUACUGUAUAUUAGAUGUUUAAUAUUGAAAGGGAAUGGAAUGAGGAAGAUCAAAGCUUGAUGAAUUAUGAAUAUGCAAUGAUUAUGAUGUUUCAUAUAGUUAUAGAUUACAGAUGUGUUUAGUAAAUCAUUCCAUUUUCUGCUUCCCUUUAUAGUAAUGACAAUGCUAAUUUCAUUCUUUAUCGACAAAAAAUUUUGUCAUUUAACAUAGGAGAAUUAUUACAAUUUAUGCUGAUAAUUGAAAUCAUUGUUGACCAUUUAGUUGCACAUAUGAAUUAGCAACUCACAAUUAGUGUAAACAAAAUUAUAUUUUUUUUACUGCGCUGGUUAGCACGCACAUACCAGAUAAUUGUAUUGAGACACAUUUGUUUCUUGAGGAAGAUUGAGCUUUUUUGCUAAUAAAUCUGUUUAGAAUAAUUCA